ACUAUAUAGGUACUUUAAACUUCAACCGAGUGACGUGUUACUCCGGGAUAGCUCAUUGAGUGUCAUGAAUCACAUUCCUUUACCGUAGACAGGUACUACUACACAUCGAAACGUCAUGCGUUUCCACGUAUCUCUGGGAAAUUGUAAUCUUCCUCCGUUCAUAUAAAUCCAUGGCGUAUCGCGUGCGCGGUCAUUCAGUAACUCGAACGAGCCACUGUAUACAUCGGCUCCGGCGCGGGCGCGCGUCUCGUCCUUCCGAAAUACGAUUCACGAGACUCUGGGUCUUCGAAACAGCGGCGUGCCUCCCUUUCUCUCUCAGCCAGCGCUUCCCAAACUAGGGUUCCGCGGGAUGACGAAAAAUUACACGUUCUCCGCCGCUUGUAAAGCCUAUUUAAACGACGCGCCGUCCGCUUUAGGGAUCACUUACUGCGGCCAUAAAUAUGUAGAAGUCGAGAUGUUGUGAUGGCUGGUAGGUUACGACGUUCGAGCACAGAGCUCGAACCGGAUUUAUCAACGCCAACUGCCUCGAAAAGGUCCAAGCAAUCCGAAACAUCCGAUUCGUCUGAAGAAAAGUACCUAACAAAAGUGGAAAGUACCGAGACAUCGGACACGAGUGAGAUACCUGCACAGACAGAGAUCGUUUCGGAAGGAGAUAAACAACUUUCAGAUGUUACAGAACAGGCAACAACAUCGAAGCAAUCGGUUUUAAUCAGUGAAACAUCGGACACGAGUGAGAUACCUGCACAGACAGAGAUUGUUUCGGAAGGAGAUAAACAACUUUCAGAUAUUACAGAACAGACAACAACAUCGAAGCAAUCGGUUUUAAUCAGUGAAACGUCCUCGGAAUCGACUAAACAAUCGUCUCAAACGGAUCCGGAUCUCCCCAGACAAAAGAGUGAUAUCCCACCGACCUCAACGGAAGCGAUCCCGAGUACAUCGAGAGAAGAGCAGCUCACGACGUUAAAAUCCGUUGUAAUGAAGUACAGCGAUCAAGAUGAGCUCUCUGCUCCUUCCGGAAGAAGAUCAGAAGAAACGACGAUACAAAGAUUCUCGCUGCGUGAACGAGCGUCGUUCGAGAAUUUGUCCGUUAUCGGGAAUGGCGCUUACGGGACAGUGUACAAAGCUACAGAUAAGAAUAGUGGUCAAACCGUAGCGCUUAAGAGAGUCAGAAUACCUUUGACGGACGAUGGUCUGCCUUCGUCCACAGUAAGGGAAAUUGCUGCCUUGAAGUCGCUCGAGCAAUAUGAGCACCCACAUAUUGUCAGAUUAUUGGAUGUCUGCCAAGGAGGAAACUAUCUUGAUGUAUCAUCGGGUGAUGGUACAUUCGAAAGACCGGAACAUGAUAUCACCUUUUGGUUGGUGUUCGAGCACGUAGAAAGAGAUCUCGCUUCGUACAUAGCUAAUUAUCGGAAUACCUCGCCCCGAUCAAGCAUCCCACCGUAUCUUGUGAGGCAAAUGUUAAAAGAGAUAUUCUGUGGAGUGGAGUUUCUACACAGCCAUAGAAUAAUACAUAGGGACUUGAAGCCGCAGAAUCUUCUAGUAACGCGGGAAGGGAGAAUUAAGAUCGCGGAUUUUGGUCUAGCCAAGACGUACGGUUUUGAAAUGAGAUUAACUUCUGUGGUUGUAACCCAAUGGUAUCGAGCACCCGAAGUACUUUUAGGAUGUUCCUAUGCUACUCCUGUAGAUGUUUGGUCUGUCGGAUGCAUACUAGCAGAACUUUGCAAAUUGGAACCAUUAUUCCCAGGUACCAGUGAAGGUGAUCAACUGGACAGGAUUUUCCAAGUUUUGGGUACUCCGUCACAGGAAGAAUGGCCGGAGAAUGUAUCGCUCAAUUGGAAUGCUUUUCCAUACAGACAUCCGAGACCUCUCAGUCUAAUAAUACCAGAUCUCAAUGAAGAUGGAUUAGACUUAAUAAAGAACAUGCUCAUGUUUGAUCCUCAUAGUCGUAUAACUGCAGCUCAAGCCGUAAGACACCGAUACUUUUCCGAGGAGGGCGUACAAUGACGCCUAUUCCAUAAAUUAUAUAGACUUAUUGCUGGAUUUUAUAUAUAUAUAUAUAUCUGGCUAAAACUCAGACUGACGUAUUAUAUUCAGGAAAAGAAGUGUAUGUACAUAUAUACUUCUA